AUGGAUCCAGCUUCAUCAGCGAAGAUCAAUCAUCUAGAACAUAUUGUUGGCGCAAUAGAUGUGGCCUUUGGCCUGGCAUUGACAGAUCUACCUCCUAGGGCACUCUCGGGUUUUAGAGUCACCGAGAAGUCAUCCUUCAAACAUCUGCAUGACAUUUGUCCGGCCAUGUGGAGUCCUGGUCAUGUUGAGGCUCUUGCUUCUCGAGCAGUCUUCCUGCCAACCGUCAGCCACGCCAUCUCCAACUCCAUCUCACAACGAGCGCGAUCGUUCUCACUGAGAGAGAAGCUCAAGGAGAUCGCUCGGCAGGAACACCUUACCGCAUCCAGUGGGUCAAGAUUCGAGCCACGGGCAAUCCAAAAAGCCGUCGGUAUCCGGCUCUGGCGUCUCACGCAACGCCGUCUGCGUGACCCAUCAGCUGCAAAGAAGCUCCAGCCCAUUCGAACCAGUGACACAAUAACAUCGACCUCCGAACAAGAUGAAGACGUCGAUAAAAUCUUGAGCUUUGAGCUUGACGACAAUCAUCUUAUAUACCCACAGCUUGAAACAUGCUUGGGAUCGGACGACGAAGUAAACGGAGAGGACUUGCUCGAGACCGGGUACGAAAGCGAGUGGGAAGAUCUCUUCACGGAUCCGGCAGCAGAAAACCCCGUCAAUGACGAUGAAGAGAUGCUGGACUGUCUCCACAUUGUACAGCACGACGAUGACGAUGAGGAUAUGUUCUCUGGUGAUCUCGAGGAUGACAUAUCUUCAGCAUUGGAAGAAAUGCUCGAGCUAUGA